GGAGAAACCUUAGAACCGUUGUUGCAGGAGAACGAAAUAUUCCUUUGUUGUUCGGUUCAGCGUAACAGUCUAGCCCCAGGCUCUCCAGUCGGUUCAACAAUUUGCUCGUCAGGUGCUCAAUGGCUAAUCAUAUCCAGACAAAGGUCAGUGAUCGUCGCUGGCGAUGCUAAUCAUGAUUGCAAGAGCCACAUAAAUCACCACCUGAACUUAUUUGAAUUAAAAGGCUUAAAAUUUUCUAGAAUCCAAGAUCUCAACGACUUCCUGGUCAGUUGUAAUCUCGGAUUUGCUACCGUUAUAUCUAUGGAAGAUGAAUCUGACAAUGACGGCGAGGGGUUGAGGAAGAAGGACGCUGUGGAAGCUCUUGGUGCUCUGAUACCUCGUCGAAUGACCCAGCACUUUCGGCACCAAGAUCCCACCAAGGCUCGUCAGCGCAGCUACAUUGGUAGAAGUUUGGGCCGGUUAAUUCAGAGAACCUCUUCAACGAAGCACAAAACCGCAGGGUCUGGCACCAUAAGUAGCCGGCGCAGGCCGCUCUCAGUAGGGUGCAGCGAGGAACUCUUUUCUGAUCAUGCCGCCGUCGAGAUGGUUUCCCCUUCGAACAACACAGGGGACGAGACGGAGAGCGCUGUAUUUGGCCAGUCCUCUUCCAGCACACCUUCGUUUGCUGAUGAGAAGGAAGUGUUUGAUAUGCUGCGGCAGACUUCGCUUGAGUGGGAACUUGUGAGCAAACAGGAGUUAUCUCAAAGAAAUGCUGGAGGUGAGACCGAAAGUGAAGCAGAUCGCAGCGAGACAACAAAUUCAACGCAAUUUCCUCACCUUUCUCCUCCAAAUUCUCUGGCUCAAAGUCGUAUUCUCAGUAGUCAAGCCCAAAUCCAGGAUCUUUUCGAGGCCAUCCCAAUGCGAGUGCAGUCAUUUGAUUGGUUUUUGACGUUCAGCACAGAGGAGCACGGAUUCAGUUUAAAGACGCUCUAUCGUCGCUGCGACAACUUCAAAUGUAGUGAUUUGCUGACGAGCUUCGACACCGAUGCUGCCCAAACGGCUGGCGACUUCGAAGAAAGAACAGCGGUAUCGAAAAUGCGAUCUCUCUCUUUCAACCAAGAAAAUCAACCGUGCGUACUGCUCAUCAGAGACACAACUGAUUGUGUAAGUGCAAGUCCUGCAUUGUGGAUAGAUGGAGACCUCCACAGGGGUCGAAGCCAGGCCUGCGAAACCUUUGACAGUCCCCAGCUGAUCCCUGGUGGGGACUUCUGCAUUCACACCGUUGAACUCUGGUCACUCAGUUAA